AUGGGAGCAAUCGUCAACAGCUACACUUCCAAGUGGACUGCGCUCCCCGUAGACUCGAGUUUGCUGUACACAAUGCUUCUUCGUCAUUUCACGUUUCGUCUCCUUUCAUCCUCGGUCGGUCACCGCGGCUUUGUUAUGCAAAUAGUUGCCGUUCCGUUCUUCCCUGCAUGUCCUCGUUGGAGCAUGGCCUGUGCUGGGAAACGGCGGGAGGAGGGGAGAUGCAAAGAAGGGUUAGCCAACAACCACUUGUCUGGACUCUACUCGUCACAGUCUAAAGUUGGCCUGAUGCUGGUGUCGACAGUGAAUGGGGGUAUCGUCUCAAAAGUCCGUUUCUAG